UUUCUUCCUUCUGCCGGUUUCCAUCCUUCAGUUGUCUUUCUUUUGUGCUACGCUGCUCGCAAUUGACUCUGAUCUGGAAUUAUACAUCCUUUACCUUAUAAUCUGCUAUAUACCCCAUCUCUAUACCCGAUUUAUGCCAUCCAAUUCACCCGCAUUCCUGUGAUCUCCACCCCUCCAUUCCUCGUCCUCCCCGCGCAGAAAAUCUCCGCCAUGUUCUCCGUCAUCGUCCCGGGCAGACCCUGCCUGACCGACAUCGUCGCAGUCGAUGCACAGCCCAACGGCCAAGCCACAAAAUUCGCCUUCACCUUCCCCCUCGAGCCCUCUUUCACCGAGCUCGUCGUUUUCUUCCUCCCGGGCACCGUCCUCCCCCAGGACACCGCCGCCGCCAUCUACGUGCAAUUCCCCGACGCCAACCCGCCGCCCACGGGGCCCGAGUUCCGCUUCAUCGGCGCCCUGGCGAACGAGAAGCCCUCGUCCGUGUUCCAGGUGCAGCCGCCGCCGUCGCAGCCGCGUCGCACAGAGGCCCAGGAGGAGGACGAGAUGCUGGACGACGGCGCCGGUGGCGCGGGGCAAUCGGGCGUGGGCCCCGGCACGACGGGAACGGUGACGUUAGGGAUUUCCAUCGAGCCGGUGCAGUCGGUUGCGCCGCAGCUGGCGGCGCUGGAGGCAGAGACGCCCGGUGCGGCGCCGUCGACGCAUCUGGUGCGACAGACGAGGCAGCAGAAAGAGGUCACGACGAAGGUCCUGGCGCAGCGCAUCAUCGGCAAUGCGUUCAACUUCCUGGCGAGUUUUGCCUCGUCGGAGAAAGGACAGGAGGUCGUGCCGAUGAAGGCGUUCCGAGAUUGGUGGGCGAAGUUCGAGCGUAAGGUUGAUAUGGACCCGACGUUCCUGGAGCGUGAGGAUCCGAGUGCGUCGGGGUGAUGUGGUGGUAUAGUGAGUUUGCUCGAUGUAUUUGUUGGACUUGGUUUGUUGCAUUGUCGGUUUAGUAUGGUUUGUUCGGUUCCUUUGGAGGUGUUCGUUUAUUGUCAAUCCGGACAGGCUUGGAAGCGCAAGCAUCAUAGGAGCAUUUCUGUUAAUCAAAGCGUGUCUCAUAUAUGUAU